UGAAAUGUCAGGAGAGAAUGCUUCUGGAACAUGGCCAUACAGCCCGAAAAACUCAUAGCAACCCAGCAAUUCCAAGUGUCUACUCCUGCUCAGCAGCAGCCAGAGAGAAGCAACCCACUUGUACUUGUAUGAAUAGCCAGGCGGGGGGAGGGGAGGAACCUGGAUGGAGCCAAAGGUGUUUCCCUGCCCCCAAGAGAAGGCCCCAUCACUCCCAUUCCAAAGCAGAAAGGGUGGGCUAUGUACUCCCUCUCUCUGUUUUCCCACAAAAAGAUACAGCACACACGUAUACCUCCUGCCAAGGCUGCCUACCUACAAGCAGAAGCACUGCAGGCACAGCCCAUCUGUUCCCCGACCUCCAUGCCAGGAGGGUAUCUUUGGUGCAUUGGUGCCAAGCCUGCAGCACUCUCUAGGCAGGAAAGGGGGUAAGAGGUGGGGAGCUGCUUUUGAACCCCAGCCUCGAUCUACCAUGCACACAAAUAAGGAGGUGGUCUAUCCUGCCUUCCACCCCUUGUUUGCAUAUCCAGAUUUUUAAAAAUACACUGAUAAAAUCAGUUAUAGGAGCCAGCGUUGUGCUGCUUUCUUUCCAGUAGUGUGUAAUGUAGCACCACCGGCCAGAUUUGCUCUAUUGAUCCAUCCAUCUCUUGCAGGGGUGGCAGUAACCACCUCCUUCAGCUCCAUCCCUGGGAUAUGUGACUGUCUGCAUGAACACAGCAAAGGUGUUAUCCUGCCGAGGAGGAGAGCUAAUGCUGCAGCUGCAGACCUGCUUUUAGACAGUAUUUUGCCUCAGAGGAAGGCAACAGCAAGCCUCUUCUGAACAAAUCUUGCCCAAAAAACCCUAUGAUAUGAUGCCUUAGGGAUGCCAUAGGUCGAAAAUGACUUAAAGGCACCCAACAAUGACAACAGCAACAGAGACCGAAUAAGAGGGCAGAGAGCAAGCAUGAAGGAAGGGAAGAGUAGAAAGGCAGGGCUGCCUCCUUCACUUUGUUCCCUCAAGGUUUUGGUAGGAUACCCACUGAGAUAAUCUUAGUCAGUGUCUCUCACUGCCUUAAGGAGAUCUGCAGAAACCUGACAGGAAUGCAUUGUUCAAAACUUAAAAUUAUUGGUAAAACUGUUUCCUCGUCAGCAAGGAUAUAGAGCUUUUGAAUGAUGAGAGCAAAUUACAUAUGUUAUGCCUGUAAUCUUUAAAAUGGUUGUGAAAGGUAGGCCAGCCUUAUUAUUUCUGCGUUGUAGAAGUGAUGUUGCAACCAUUAGUGGCUUAUCAAAUGGGUUUGGGGUUUAGCUGAAUUACAAUGGAACUUGUUUAGCUGUACCUCUGGGCGAGUUUACAUAUUGAUGUCUCACGUCAGUCAAGCCUUGAUGACUUGGGAGGUGAACACGUGAACUGAAAAAGUACCACCUUCGGGUGGGAAUCUUCAGUGAGUUUUAAGUUUUUAUCUGUGGUGUUUGAUUGGAACUGACUCAUUCGCUCAAGCCUUUCUUUGCUUGAUAGUGUGGUUAUCUGGUUAUGACUGACGAGUGAAUAAGUGCAUGUGUGAAUCAGACUUUAAUCUUCAGCAAAUGCUAUGUAUCUGGUGCACUAGGAAACCUCAUCUCCUGGAGGUUGAGUAGCCUUAUAUAUCCCUCACAUGCAUCGGGGAGAAGGGAAGAGAUGGAUUCAUCUAUAAAAUUCCCAACAUAACCUACCCACAUACAUGCUCAGAAGUAGAAACUGAGUCAUGCAGAAAACUGUACCACUUUGUACAACAAAACUUGGAGCAACAAGAAGCUGAAAUUACCAAACGAAUUCCCAUGUCUUUCCCUUAACACUCAAUCCAAGACCUCAUGUUGCCUGUCACUUCUUUACUGCUGCUGUUGUUACCUUCCCCAUAUUUUGAAAAAUACAUUUCAGACAAUUUCUCUUCCCAUUAGGGUAGCAUUCCCCUACACAAUGCUGGCUGGGAGAAUCAAGUUGUUGCCCAAAAAAUAACAUUUCCAAACUCUGUCCCUCAUACGAGAAAAUUUAGGAGCAGAUUUGAAUUCCACAAAGAAGUGGGCACCUUUUUUAAAGCAGGACCCCCAAACCUUCUAUGACUAUGUGACAAGUAGAAAUUUUCCUAGUGAAGGUUUUCCUGUUUCUGCUUGUCCCAUAGUGACACCAUAGGGUUGCUUACCUACAGGUAAACAUAUAUGGUUUUCCUAUCCCAUUGGUAUUUGGUCAAACAGGCUUUAUUGUUUACUAAAUCUACAAGACUUAUUUGAUCCAAUAAGCAUUACAAAAUGAGGACAAAAUGAAUGUACAUGUAGCUCUCUCUUAUAUCACUGUUAGAUCUCUAAAGUUUUGAUAGUUGGUGGUUGCCUGAGUGGAGCAAGAGAAGAAAAAUAUGUCAAAGCAACAUCUCCAGAGUAAUUUCAAUUCCAAGAACAAAAAGAACAGUUGUAUAAUCUGCCUCACUUACACUGGAUGAGAAAAUAAAGACAAGGACAUCUAUUUGAAACUAGAUCUAGCAAUGGUUCCCAACCUUUGGGCCUCCAGGUGUUUUGGACUUCAACUCCCAGAAAUCCCAGCCAGCUUACCAGCUGUUAGGAACUGUGGGAGCUGAAGUCCAAAAACACCUGGAGGCCUAAAGGUUGGGAAUCACGGAUCUAGACAAAUGAUACCCUAAAGUGACACUUUGAGGGUGGGAAAGGUUAUGCUUGGAUUAUAACUCCAUGAAUUCCUGAUGGCCCAGGGGGUUCUGGGAGGUGUGGUCCCCUCUGAGAAGUAAGAAUUUCAUGCACUGAGAAAAUUCCAGGUCUUUUCUGUCUCUACAUUGCCCUUUGAGACUCCUUGAGUCUGCAGUGAAGUCUUGUACACAGUAAACUUGGAAGGAAGCCUGAGAUUAUCACAGGUCAUGGCAAAGCUCCAAGCUAGCUUCAGGACCUUUUUGGUUGAAGGCAGGUUUGCAGUAGAGAUGGGGCAGGUGUGCCUGUUGUAUAGCUACACCCCUUGUUUUGGAAUCCUACAUCUCACUAGAUGUGGAGUAUAAAUAGCCAGCUGGAAUGAUUGAACUUUCCUCGGCUCUGCUGAGAAGGCCUUUGCUUCCAGAUCAGUGUUGUUCAAGCAGCUGCUUCUAAUACAAUCAUGUUUCUUUGGGUCUGUGAUGCCUGCGUGAAAUGCCAUAGUCUCCCUAGAGCACUUUUAUCUGCUUUGUGGACAUGCGAUGGCCCCUUCCUUAUGUAAAAUGUCAGAAAGAGUAGAUUGCCCUGGGUUUUUGAGAGGAAGGAGGGGUCUGAUUUUAUUUUAUAAGCUUAGAAAUCAGAAGUUGGUACAACCAUUGCACUAGGGAUCUCCUGGGAGAUGAACAAUCUUUCUGUGCCCAAAGUUCAUAUAAUUGUACAUGUUCGGCUCCCCACCUCUAUUUGUGUUUACAUUUUGUACCAUUAUACAUAUGGCAGUUGACUUAUGGUUAUCAACUUUUGUUGGGCUCCUACAUUUUCUAUGGCUACAGGAAAACUGCAAAUUGUAAAGCUUCCUCACUCCCCAAUUUCUGCAUCUCUGUGCUGGAAGACAUUUUAUCUGUUGAAUUUCUGUUUGCUACACAUCUGUUAAAGGACAGAAAACUUUGAAAAAAAUGGGCAACCCUCAAAAUAGCAGUGGCCAAGAAGCUGUUUCAGGAACUUCCUUUCUUGGAGGUUUUAAAAAGAGAAAUUGGGAGGAAAAGCUAAAGUUGGUGUGUGAAGGGAUAUUCACACAAGUUUCAGUCACAAUCUGCAAAUCUUCAUCAAUUGCAUCAUGUAUGUUUAUUGUGGUAGGAUUGUUUUAAGAGCUGUUAGAAUAAGUAAGACUUACUUCUUCCACCAUCUGACUCUGCUAUCCCAUCAUGUGGCAAUUAAAGGCAUUGCUCCCUUCCUUGCUAGAACCUGGGAAAGUAUUUUUUCAUGCUGCUGUAAGGAACUGCAACUGGGGAUUCUGGGAGUGGAAUAGAAUACAUUUAUUGUAGUCAUAGAUAAUUCUGGGUGUUGUACCAUUAAAAAAUAACCUUUCCAAGCUUUUUCCCUUGCUUGGCCAUUGUUUUUGUAGGUUAUAAGGAAUGUGUUCCCUCCUCCCAUUUGUUGGACUUCAACUCUCAUCUUUCCUUCCCUAUAUCAGCUGCUGUUCAGAGCUGAUGGGAGUUGCCACCAAAAAUAUUUAUAGGGCUGCACACUCUCCACCUCUGGUAUACCAUCUAGACUAUUCUUUCAAUAUAUUUUGAUCCUAAAGGAAGUGGAUGUCAUGCAGCACAUAUGAAUAAACAUUUGAAUACACCAGGUCCCAUCUCUUCCUGAAAGCUAAGGAAGGUCAUUCCUGAUUAGUACUUGGAUGGGAGACCUCAAACAAAUACCAGCUGCUGUAUGUUAUAUUUAAGGCAGUGCUUCCCAAACUUUACUCCAUCAGUUAUUUCAGAUUCAACCCCCAGAAGAUCCAGAUAGCUUUGCAAACAGUCCAGAAUUCUGGGAGCCGAAGUCCAAAACACAUGGAAGACCAACAUUUGGGAAACACUGUUUUGGAAGAAAGAACUCACAAAACCACUUCAGAGUAUUCCUUGCCUAAGAAAACCUAAUGAAAGCCACGAGAUUACUUUAAAAAAGCAGGUGGCUUGAAAGCACAGAUAAACAUAUAUAUGCAAGAUAUAGGCAGGUAGUGAGUAGCUGCAUAACUUGUUGAUUCCUCUCACUCAUACAGCUAUGUGCUGCUGAGAUACCAACCAAGAGAUGAAAUUCUGCACAGGGCCAUAAUUCUCUUUGAGCUACUACUGCUCAGUGGGUUUUCUAUUCAAAGGAUUCUUAAGGAUUGUGUUCAGCAAGUGAAAGGCACCUGGCUGUCUCUCUUCACAGCUUCACAUUGGAUGCCAGAUGGAACAGAGAUGCCAUCAAGGCAAGACUUUGGGGCAGAAGUCCAGGGUCCCAUUCAGCAGAAUGAGCAGGAGGGCCCCCAAACACAGCAGGGCUGCCAUACAUCAAAAUGUGGAUGAAGAUGAGACGCCACAAGCUCUUUUUGACUCUGUGCAUGGCUGGUCUUUGCCUCAUCUCAUUCCUUCACUUCUUGAAGGCCCUCUCCUAUGUUACAUUUCCAAGAGAACUGGCAUCGCUUAGCCCCAACCUGGUCUCUAACUUUUUUUGGAACAAUGCACCUGUCACCCCCCAGGUCAGUCCUGAACCUGGGGGUCCAGAGUUCCUUCGAACACCAUUGUACUCCCACUCUCCACUACUCCAACCUCUGUCUCCAAGCAGGGCCAGUGAGGAGCUGCACAAAGUGGAGUUUGUGCUGCCUGAGGACAUAGCUGAAUACUUUGUGCACACUAAAGCCGGCGGAGUUUGCUUCAAGCCUGGCACCAAGGUGUUGGAGAAGCCACCGCCGGGCAGGCCAGAUGAGAAAAUAGAAGGAGCUGCUUCAGGGCGCAUAAGCCGGAAACCUCUGAGCGCCAACGGGACGAAGCGGCGUAAGUGGGUGGAGUGUGUGUGCCUGCCUGGUUGGCAUGGGCCUAGCUGUGGGGUGCCCACUGUGGUGCAGUACUCAAACCUCCCCACUAAGGAUCGUCUGACCCCACGGGAGGUACCCCGGAGAGUCAUUAAUGCCAUCAAUGUAAAUCAUGAAUUUGAUCUUCUGGAUGUGCGCUUCCAUGAACUGGGUGACGUGGUGGAUGUCUUUGUGGUCUGCGAGUCCAAUUUCACUGCGUACGGCGAGCCACGUCCUCUCAAGUUCCGUGAAAUGUUGCUCAACGGCUCUUAUGACUACAUCCGCCACAAAGUGCUCUAUGUCUUCCUGGACCACUUCCCUCCCGGUGGGCGCCAGGAUGGAUGGAUUGCUGAUGACUAUCUGCGCACUUUCCUCACUCGGGAUGGCAUCUCCCGCCUCCGCAAUUUGCGUCCUGAUGACGUUUUCAUCAUUGAUGAUGCAGAUGAGAUCCCAGCCCGCGAUGGUGUGCUCUUUCUCAAACUCUAUGAUGGCUGGACAGAACCCUUUGCAUUCCACAUGCGCAAGUCUCUUUAUGGGUUCUUUUGGAAGCAACCUGGCACCUUGGAGGUGGUUUCUGGUUGCACGGUCGGCAUGCUUCAAGCAGUGUAUGCCACGGAUGGGAUUCGCCUGCGCCGGAGAGAAUACUAUACCAUGCCGGGCUUUCGGCAGUAUGAAAACAACACAGGUCACAUCCUGGUACAGUGGUCACUAGGCAGUCCACUCCACUUUGCUGGCUGGCACUGUUCUUGGUGUUUUACACCUGAGGGAAUCUACUUCAAACUGGUAUCAGCCCAGAACGGUGAUUUCCCCCGCUGGGGUGACUAUGAGGAUAAGCGUGACCUUAAUUACAUCCGGGAAUUAAUUCGGACUGGGGGGUGGUUUGAUGGUACCACCCAAGAGUACCCUGCUGCAGACCCCAAAGAACAAAUGUAUGCCCCCAAAUAUCUGUUGAAGAACUAUCAGCGGUUUUGUUACUUACUGGAAAACCCCUACCAGAAGCCAGAGGGGGCUGGGUGAGGGGAGUGGGGCUUGCAUGAGCAAACGGGAUCUUACGGAAAAACGGGACAGUGAGGUGUUUCUUUUGUUUUUCCUUCCUUCCCUGACCCAUUCCUGCUGGGAAGUGUGUGUUCUCUCCAGGCUCUAUCUGCCCCAUUCCUGAAAAGAGACUUGGAUGUGGGCAUGUGAGUGGAAUUCAUAGUCAUGUGAAUGAGGACCAGAGGAAGUGGGAACUGGGCCCAAGAAGUAGCAGGAGAGUGGUCUCCUUCACCUCUCACGUAGGAUGGAAGAAAGGAUCUUAUGCAGAAAGCACCUCUCUGUAUGACAGGAGAACACAUAGGAGCAUGCAGCUGGAUGAGUGAGGGUGUGAAUGUGUCAGAGCCAAUAAAGUUGUGGCAACUGAGAUAAGGAUGGUACUGAACCCCCCUUUUAAAAGCCAGUUUGAUUCUGAGUCAUUUGAAAUCAGUGACUCUUCCAUAGAUGCUGUUCUCCUUUAACAUAUGGCCAUCCAUUUGGCUCAUAGAAACUGCAGAAGGUAUGCAAAUCUUGCUUUGGUAGUUUCACAGUUUGGCCAAAGAACACACUGACCCUGUUACAGCGUUCUCAUUUAUAGCUGCAACAGAUGAUUGGCAACUUAGUAAAACCGGGGUGUGUGGGUAUGUAAGUGUGACAGAUUUUUUGUAGUUGACAACAGAAGUUGUGCUCAUCUUGGAUAUGUAUAUUUUUGCCAUGUGUGUUUUGUAACCCACUGGUGUAAGAAUGGGCGCGCACAAAAAAUUAGGAGCAUGGUAGCACCAAAGAACUCUGCUUUCCUUCUCAUAUUUAUGGACAUUCAGGGAAAUUCUGCAAAAUGGCAGGGUAUGAAUAUUGAAAAGUGAUUUUGCUCAGUAAAUGGAUGUUUGUGGUAGCCAGUCUCUGAUGUGGAAGUAAGAGGGCUGCAAUUCACAUGGGAUAGAUCCAUUUGAGAUAGAUUUCCCUCUUCCACCAUAACAAAAUGUCAUGUUUACAUUUUUGUCUAAAAUGGGGGUGCAUAUAAAUGCUUCAAAUUGCUUCUAAGGAAAGGAGACAUUGAGAUACUGGUGCUCUCGUGUCCAUCCUACUACUUCUGGAACAGGAGAGGUGUAAAGGUACUUGGCUCUAUGAUGCCGCCAUUUUGAGGAGAAUGCUAUAUUGUUAGUCUAGCUUUUGCAUACCCAAUAAGAGGAAGGAGGUUGUAUGUUUGAUGGGACUGAUAUGAAACCCAUGGUUACAUCCUGGUGCCAAGCACUUAACAUUCAGCAGUUGUUUGCACCCUUUCUCCUUCAGUAAAAUUCCUCCAAAGUGACUUCAAAUCACUUUAUGCAGCUUGUGUCUUUUCAGUCAGGGUAAAAGGUAUUGUAAACUCCACAAACCCCAUGUCAAGUUUGCUGCUAAAGGAAUAUAUGAAACAAUGAGCCGCUGCAUUAAUUGCAAGAAAUUGUGAUAUCUCCAUCCUUCAAAAAAAGUGUUCUUUACCAGUGGAAUUAGAUCCUCCUAAUUUGCCUUCACUCAGCUUUCACAUUCUGUCCUGCCUUUAUACAUGGUCCUUGAUCCCUCUAAAAAACGCAGGAAGCUGCGUUACCCAAUCCAGUACCAUUCAGAUGUGCUUAGCUAAAAAGAGGACCCACCCUGCAAAUUGGCAUGAAUGUUCCAGCCUAUUGCCUUGCAUUACAAUUCUCAUUGUCCCCAGCUAUGCUCCAACAUACCUGAUGUUUGGAUUUCAUAAAGCACACAGCAAGUUUGCACCCUGCCAUUUUAAUAUCAGAGAACAUUAAUAGCUGACAUGCAUUUGAUAUCCCUGUUGGUUCUCUUCUAGAAGCAACAUUUUUGGAAUAGCAGUUUGAGCAAUAUGGUGAUGGGAUGUCCUGUUGGCAUUCAUGCAACCAACUUGCAAGAUGGUUCCUUCUACUGUCGAAGCACUCCAUCAUGUGAAAAUAGUUUGUGUGGAUUGAUCCCUAGACCUUGAAAAUUCUUAUUUGACAACACAGCUUGCAGCAGCAUUCAGCUACUCUUGUUCAGUGGUGGAUUUUUAAUCAGCAGUGAAUUCCUUAGGCUUGCUUUCAUUGCAUUUUGCCUUAUGUACCACCAUGAGACUCUUCUGGUCUGUUUUAAGGGAUCUUACGUUGUGCACAGUACACCCUAAAAAUGGUGUUGCCUUGUAGAGUAGCUGUCAAUUUACUCUGCUGAAGCGACUAGUAGCAAAGUCUUGGGGACCACUGUGUAACUGUUCCCAAGACUACCACACAAGAGAAA